UCUGAUAAUCUCCAACAAACGACAAAUAAUGAUGAAAACAAAAAAUACGAGGUAAUGACGUUUAAUUACAAACCAUCAUCAGAUAUAGCAGAAAACAAGAUUGUGGUCAUGGACUAUAUGACUACUAAUCUUAAUUCAUUUGAUAAUUUAAACUCUGAAACAAUAGUUUGGCACAAAUUUAAUGUUCCUUUCGAAGAUAUUGUUAAAAUGUUCAAAGAAAAGCUUAUGACAAAAAUUGUAGACGCUAAAUACGUUAUGAGCGAUAAGGACGCUAUUGAUUUGGACAAAAUGAUAGGAUUAGCAUAUAUUGCUAUGAGUGAAUCUGAAAAAAAUAAUAAACUAUUAAGAACCAGGAACAGUAUUUUACAGAAUAAAUAUGAAAAUUAUGAUCAAGUAGUUAAAGAUUGCAAUGGGCUUAAAUCUGAAAUAAAUAAAAUUAAAAUUAAUCUUUGUUUAGCGUUAGGUCGUAGAUUCAAUGAAAAUGAAAAUGUUAUGCAUUUGACUAAUUUUUGCGCUGCGCUAGCUGCACGUGAAAAUGAAUAUCAUUAUAUUCUAAAGGAAAACGAUAAGUUGAAAUACGUUAUAAAUAAACAAUUGAUGGACAUACGAGAGAUAACGUUAAAUAAUUAUGAUGAAAUUCUACAAAGCGUAGAGAAGUUUAAAGAAGAACUGUAUAUUAAAGAUCUCAAAAUAUCGCAGUUGAAUGACGAUUUACGUUCGAUUAACGAAGAAAAAAAUAUACAAUUACAACUAUUGCAUGACAAUUUGGCAGACUUUCCUGAAAAAUGUAUCGAUCAAAACGUCAAUGGCGCAUUUGAAUGUUCAAAUAACGAAUUGUACGAAGGCAAAAUGUUAAUCGCUGAACAAAUCAAUCAAAUCCAAGGGUCUACUGACUUCGAAUUCGAAAACUACCAACUGUGUGACUUAAUCAAUAUGCUUGCGAGAUUGACAGCCAAUAAAGAAGAACAUUUAAAAACAAUUAAUAGACGUUCAAUUAGAAAUAUUGAAGACAACAAUCAACAACUAAUAAAAGAAAUCAACGAUCACAAAAAAUGGCAGAACCAUUUGGAAAACGAGAACGAGAAACUAAAUUCAGAAUUUGAAGAUAAAAAACGGGUCCAAAGAAUGUUAAUUAGCAAAAUAAAUGAAAAUAAGGAACUCAAAGAAGAUUAUUCGAAAGUACAAUUAAUGUACGAUGAGCUAAAUAAGAAACACGCACACCUAAUAACGUUGCUCGACGACCACCGACAACUAUUGACUGAGAAAAAAAUGAAAUGUGUUGAUGGCGACAACCUAAUUAAAACCCUUCAAUUGAAUCUAACAGAACAGACGAAUAAAUUUGAACUCGCGAUUGCAAAGUACAACAAAGAAAAAGAAAAAUGUCAAAGAAACGAAACCCACACGCAAGUAAUGAUAGAUGAAUUUACGAAAUGUGUCCACGAAAAAGAAAUCGACAUAGCAUCGUUACGAAAUGAGUGUAACGAUUUGAAACAUCACAUUAAGUCAGAAGAAGACUAUAUCGGAAAUUUAAAGCACGAGGUGAUUACAUUAGAGUAUGCGUUGAAUGAGAAAAAUAGAACUAUACAGGACAUGUUAAAAGCCCAACGUAAACAGCAGCAGCAGCACACUGCAAUGACGUCGCGGUCGUCUUCGUUGAUAUCUGGUGAUCAAUUUCACAUUAACAGUAAAUUAGAACAGCAAAUGGACAUAUUACUAGAAAAUAUAUGUACUUGGCAAAAUAUUAUAGUCGGUUACGAGAAAGUGUUGUACAACAUGCAAAACAUCGUCCAACAACAGUCCAAGAAAAGAAACUACUGGAUAGCCAAAUACCAACAUCUUAAAGAUAUUGAACACAAAGCAGACAAAUUAACCAAUGAAAAAGAACUUAUCCUAUUUCAACAUCAAAAAGAGAUGGAAAAUAUUAAAGAGAAAUACAAUUCGGAAAUUUCACAUAUGGCAGGCAUAGAAGUUAAUUUGAGAAAUGAAAUUCAAGAUUUAAAGGAAAGUUUAAAACUGAAAAGUUCGCAUUUAAAGAUAGCCGAAAAAAUAGCAAGUUUACAACUAAAAGAAUCUCUUAACACUAUUGAACGGAUAACCACCGUCACUAACAUUCAACCGUUGAAAUUAAAUGAAAUAGAAAAUGUAGCCCCCAAAAGAUGCUGUGAUACACGUUUAAUUAAAUCCAACAAUAGAGUGCAGCAAAUGGAGGGAUUGGUUGAUUACAUGUUGAAACUUAAAUCAGAGAAUAAAUGUCUGAAAAGACUUUGUGAAAUUCGUAAUGAAAAAAUAAUGUCACUUGAAAACAGUAAAAGCAAAUGGACAGAUUUAUGAAGAGGGGAUCAAGUCAAUUUAGUCAAAAAAAGAAAUUUUUCAGUAGACGACCAAAAAAGCAUUUCAGACUACAUUUAAAAAAAAAUUUUAAAACCAUUAAUUUUAUUUGUAACUUUGUUAGUACGGUAGUCUGUAAGAUUAUAUAAAAAAAAAUGUACAACUAUUUUUAAGUUAUUUUUGUUGACUUGAUACCAAUAGCAUCAUAUUUUACAACUUGAUACCCUUAAGUGCAAAAGGUAUCAAGUCAUUAUUAUGCAAUAAUAUUCAUGCUAUAGGGAUGAUGAAGUCAACAAAAAUUAAUUUAGAAUUAAUAAUUUAAUUUUUUUUUUAUCUACUUGUUUAUUACUCAUAAAUUAUUUUGCAAUAGUUUGCAUAAAAUAAAUAACUAAUUACUGCAUAAUAUUAUGCAUUAAUAAUAUUAAACAUAGUUUAAGUUCUCUGAAAAGUAACUGAAACAAUACAAAAUAUUUGAAUAAUAUAUACAAUGUACAUGAUAAUUUAUAUUAUAUUAAAAAAUGAAUCGAAUACCUACAGGUAAAAAAUUUUGUAUAGACACUUCCCUGUAGAUCAUAAUGUUAUUUAUCUAGUACAGUUUAUAAGAACAAUUAAGAAUAUAAUAAUACAUUUUUGAUUGAUUUUAGGAGCCGUGCAGCGCUUAGUAAUCGCUACCUCAGCCAGUUGAGGCGUACAACCAGAGUGCGCUCUUUACUAUUUUUCUUUAUAAGAUAUUUUAUGUAUUUAUUAAAAUAUAUCUCCAUGAAAAUAUUAAAAUAUUAAUUAAUUAAAUUAAUUUUGUUGAUACUG